CGGGGCCGGAGCGGGGGCUGCGUUCCGUCGGGCAGGACCAGGCCCCGCGGCUCUGGGGUGGGAAAAGAGAGUUCUCGGGGCGUCUUAGGCUCCUCAUGGUGAUGGGGAUCUGGAAGUGUUGUGGGGCGCCCCGUGGUGCCGGGGAGACACAGAAGUGGGGUGCUGCGGGGCACCUCAUGGUGACUGAGACCUGGGGGUGCUGCAGGACCCCCCCAAGGUGCCGGGGACGUGGAGAGCUGGGGGUGCUGUGGUGUUCCCUGGGAUGCUGGAGGCCUGAGGGUGCUGUGGGGAACCCCAUGGUGAUGGGAACCCACGGAGCUGUGACACAAUAUGGUGCUGGAGACCCGGAGAGCUGGGGGUGCUGCGGGGCUCCCUGUGGUGAUGGGGAUCUGGGGGUGCUGUGGGGCACCCCAUGGUAUCAGGGACUCAGAGAGCUGGGGGUGCUCUGGGGUUCCCUGGGAUGCUGGGGACGUGGGGGUGCUGUGGGGCACCCCAUGGCGUCGGAGAUCCACAGAAGUAGUGCGCUAUGUGGCACCCCAUGGUGAUGGGGACCUGGAGAACUGGGGGUGCUGUGGAGCUCCCUGGGGUGCUGGGGGUUCUUUGGGGAACCUCAUGGUGAUGGGGACUUGGGAGUGCAGUGGGACCCCGGGGCUGCUGCAGCCACGUGGGGUGCAGUGGAGCUCAUAGCGCUCCCAGAUGGAGAGGGCUCAGCCCUCGGGGAACCCACAGCUGUUCCCGGGCACCCAGCAUGUGUUCAGCCCCCCCAGCUGCAGGGCGGCCCCCAGCUGCUCAUCAUCCCCACACGUUGUCACCAGCCCCAAAGGAACUGGGAGCUGUUGGUGGGAGGUGCUGGUGGGGGUGUGCUGUGGAUACAGGACCGGCGGCGCGGCCAAGCGGGUGGUGGGGACAGCGCGGUGGCACGAGGUGUGGGCUGAGCUGGUUGUCCCCUUUCUUUGGGGCGGGGGGAGCGGUGGUGAGCAUCUGGCCCCGGCCAAAACCCAUCCCACCGCAGCGCUGGUGGCAUCGCGGGGACGUGCAGACGUGUCACCAAAUGGCUCUGAGCGAGGAUCCCAAAUCACGGCGGGGUGCUGGCAGCUCCGGCCCUCCUGCUGCGGAGGAAGCUGUCUGUGCUCAGUGCUUUCCCUUUAACUUUGGGAUUUGGGGCUUAUCACUGCGCGCAGCUUCGAGGGAAACGUGUCUGCGGAGAUAAAUCAAGCUGAAGUGGCCAGGGCUGCUCUGGACUCUGUUCUUCUCACAUUCCUCAUGACCUCAGUGUUUGGCUCGGAGGAAGGUUGCAGAGUGCUGUCAGUGUGUCCGGCCCCGGCCAUCGCCCCGCUGCAGCCCCCAUGGAUGGCACACCCGGGCCGGGCCUGGCCCCACUCUGCUCCUGCCUGGGGAAAUGCCAGGGCCAGAAGUGAUGCUUCAGCUUCUGAAGGAUGCAGGGUUGGAGCGGUGCCUCGAGCAGAGCGCUGGGGAGCAGGGGGUGCCCAGUGUGGUGUGGGCACAGCCGGCAUUGCCCAGCCCCGUGCCCCGCGCCCAGACUCCGCCUGCAGCAACAAAGCCACCGCUGCGGUCCUCCCACCAGGACAUGGAGAGCGGCCGCUCUUUGAAGCAGUGCCACGGCGCUGGCGGCCGCGGGAUGAGGGGACAAGGCUGGCUUUGUGCAGCCAAGCCCGGCAGGUGACGGCAGAGAUUUAACCCUCUCUGUGCUACAUUGUGCCACCUCUGUCCGCCUCCGCUUCUCAUCCUCAGACCUGAGCUGAUGCUCUCCUGUCCUCUGGCACAGGUUGAUGGUCCCCUGCUCGGCACUGUCGCAGGGAGAAGAUGGCUCAGCCCGCACACCUGAACCAGAACCUGCCAGAUCUCGGGGGCCCGUUCUUGUACAGGGACCAGGACGAUGGCGAGAAGAGCUCGUACUCGGUGGAAACCCCCUAUGGCUUCCUCUUGGACCUGGAUUUCCUGAAAUACGUCGAUGACAUUGAAAGCGGCCAAACGCUCAAGAAAGUGCCGCUGCCGCGCAGGGCAAAAGGGACCCGGCUGCAGCCCGGCACACUGCGCAGCCCCAGCAGCCAUGCCAGCGGCUGGACCUCCACCGAGUCCCUGGCCUCCACGCUCAGUGAGGAUGGGAGGAGUGCGCUGCUGCUGUCCCCGCACGGCCGGGCGGUCCCCGAGCACCCCGGCAAGCAAACCUCGCUCCCCACGUCCCCGCCGCCCGCGGUGCGGCUGCUCCCACCUCCUGCCCGCAAGUGCCUGGCGAGAAACCCACAGGUGGAGAAGACCUUGCUGGAGACGAGCAGGAGGCUGGAGCAGGAGCAGAGCCACUCACAGCCAGGCGCCCCGAGCCAGGCGCACCCAUGGGUGCCAGCAGGGUGCGAGGGCCAGCCGGGCUCCGUGCGGAUGAGCCCCGGCAGCUCAGGGCGCAGCACCCCAGCCGCAGGGCUCGGGGCCGCCCCGCUGCAGCACGUGCGGGAGCAGAUGGCCGCGGCCCUGCGGCAACUGCGGGAGUUGGAGGAGCAGGUGAAAACCAUCCCACUGCUGGAGAUGCAGAUCUGCGAGCUGCAGCGGGAGAAGGCGAAGCUGAUGGAGAAGCUGUCGGCAGAGCCCGGCAAGGUGUUGGAUCAAACCGGUGGGAGCGAGGAGCAGACCCAAGCAGAGCUGGAGGGUGAAGUGGAGCUGGCGAAGGGACGAGCGAGCAAGAUUGUGGAGCUGAGGAAGCUGACGGAGAAGCUGGCUGUGCCGGAGCGGGGCGGCCGCAGCGUGCCGGGCAAAGGCAUGGCUGCCAGGCCCAGGGCUGCAGAGAGGCUGUGCCGCUCCGUGGCGGUGGGCGAGGAGCGGGCCAUGAGCGACGCUGUCUUCUACUACCGAUCGCAGCAGGCGGGCAGUGACGUGCCAGACGGGCGGGAGCGCCGGGACGUGGCCGUGUGGGUGCUGGAGUCCUCGCUGGGCCUGGCCCCCGAGGCAGAGCGGGAGCUGGAACUGCUGCAGCAGACGGUGGGGCACCAGAAGGACGUGAUCGCCCUGAUGGAGGGGCACCUGCAGGAGGCCACGCGCGAGCUGGAGGAGCUGCGCAUGGAGGUGUGCGCCCGCCAGCCCCGCAGCUGCGUGGACAAGGAGGUGACGGCCAGGCCGCAGGUGGCUGAGGCGCUGGUGGAGGCGGCGGUGGCCACGCAGAGCCGGGCGGCCGGAGAGCCCAUGGAGACGGCGGACGCGGCUGUGGGGUGCUCCCCGCAAACCGCCUGCGUUGGGGUCAGCUGCCGGCCCCACGGGCAGGACGUGGCUGUCGGGCCCGAUGUGGCUGUGGGCCAUGAAGACAAAGGCAGCCAGGCCGACGUGGGCCCCGCCGAUGCAGGCCCCACUGGUGCAGGCCCUGCCAACAUGGGCCUCACCAGUGGAGGCCCUGCUGAUACAGGCCCCACUGAUCCACAUCCUACCAACGUGGGCCCCACCGAUGCAGGUCCCACCAACACAGGCUCUGUCGAUCCAGGCCCUGCUGUCCCAGCCUGUGAGCAGGUGGAGCCCGGUGCGUGUGAUGCCGGAUGCCAGCAGCCCCCCCCAAGCAGUCCCACUGCCCCGGCACCGCAGUGUGCAGCAGUGCUGGAAGCAACAGGGGCUGCCACGCAUCCUGUGGCCCCCUCAGCAGAGAUGGAGGAUGGUGGCCAGGAGCUGGCACAGGAAGGCAGAGCGGCCCCCAGCCCUGCGGCCAGAGCCCUGAAGUCCAUCAUGAAGAAGCGGGAUGGACCUCCCCGGAGCGAGGCUGAGGGCAGCAAGAAGAGCCUGCAGUUUGUGGGCGUGCUGAACGGGGAGUAUGAGAGCACAUCCAGCGAGGAGGAGGAGGAGGAGGAGGAGGAAGGAGACAGCUCCUCCGAAAAGGCUUCAGCUGACAGCUCUGACAGUGAGGAGCCAGGGGGCACCGACACCUCGGAGGAGGAAGAAGAGGAUGCUGCGGAUGGGGACAGCCAGUGCGAGCUGAGCAGGGAGCAGGAGGGUGAGGGAGCCAGCAUGGCCCCGCCGGAGCCCCCCGAGGUGAAGGAGAAGUUCGAGCUGAGCCCCAGGAUGCGGGAGGCCUGCCUCAUUGUCAAGACCCACCUGGGCCACCCCACAGCCACCAAGAGCAAGGAGGCGCUCACCAGCAGCAGCCUGGUCCUGCAGGAGUGGUUCCGUCUGUCCAGCCAGAAGUCAUCCAUCCCCGACACGGUUGCCAACCACCUCCUGGCCUUUGCCGAGCUCUCACCAGCCCUCUUGGCCCACGUGGUCAACCUGGCCGACGGGAACGGCAACACAGCCCUGCACUACAGCGUCUCCCACUCCAACUUCCACAUCGUGCGGCUGCUGCUGGACACAGGGGUGUGCAAUGUGGACCACCAGAACAAAGCCGGCUACACGGCCCUCAUGCUGGCAGCUCUGGCAGCCGUGGAGCAGGAGGAUGACAUGAACGUGGUCAGGAGGCUCUUCAGCAUGGGCAAUGUCAACGCCAAGGCCAGCCAGGCUGGCCAGACCGCACUGAUGCUGGCUGUCAGCCACGGACGGCAGGAGAUGGUGGAAGCCCUGCUGGCCUGCGGAGCCGAUGUGAACCUGCAGGAUGAGGAGGGCUCAACUGCGCUCAUGUGUGCCUGCGAGCACGGCCGCGUGGAGACCGUGAAGCUGCUGCUGGCUCAGCCCACCUGCGACGUCUCCAUUGUGGACAGUGAUGGCAACAAUGCUGUCACCAUUGCGCUGGAGGCAGGACACAGCAACAUCGCAGUGCUCCUGUAUGCCCACCUCAAUGGGACAAAGGCACAGCCACAGCAGGGGACAUCAACAACAGGGACCAAGAGCCCUGGGAGCCCAAAGAAGCCAAAUUAGGAUGACCUUUGGAUCCGGCUGUGUGCCAGCUGGCCACCAUCAGAGCUGGGCUGUCACUUAUGUCCCUUCUCCUGCUGCUCCUUCGCGUGCUGAAUUGCUCCCUGAGGCUGCGGAUGUUUUCUAUCUCCCAUCGACAGAGUAGGCACUGUCCCUGGGCCUCACUGCAGGAAGUGUUCCACUGCAGCUGCAGGAGCACCACAGGGCCGGCGAGGGGGAGCAGGGCUGUGGGAGGGCGAGCAGCAGCAGUGGGAGAGGGGACAUGGAGCAGCUGACUCACGGCCACAGGAGCAUUUCCAGACUGAAAUAUGUGCUCGUCUUUUCUGGCAUUUCCUUUCCCAGCGAAAACCUGGCUCUUCUCUAACACAUGCACACAAAAGAAAAAAUAUAUGUUGCUUAGCAUACAUAUAAAAAAAGUUGAACAUCAAAUCACUCCAUGAUUUGAUUUGCUUAAUGGGAGCCAAAACUGGGUGCUCAGGGCUGCAGCCGAGCUGACAGAAGAGAGAUGAGACCCACAGCUGCAUUUAGGGACUGAGGCUGCCCAGCCUACGCCAGGAGCCACAGCAAGAUGAAAGUCACCCUGCAAGCAUUUCCCAUGUUACAAGUUCCACGGCCAACAACUGUCCAGGGGCUCUCACCGCCUUCAGAAGUCCACUUCCUUCCCUUCCCCAAGGGGAGGAGGGUGGCUGCUAGUUCCAGGAAUAGAGAUUAGCAAGAAGAGCUCAGAGAAAGCCUAGGGCCUGCAGAGAUGGACACGUAUGUAGGAACAUGUGUGUGCAAGUGUGUAUGCACCAGGCAGGGUGGGAACAGACAAGGUAAGGAUGAGAAUGGGAGCAAACAAAACAAGAAGGCUUUUGCAUGUGAAGCAGGCCCUGCUCUGACUUGCACAAAGGUAAGCGAUGCUGCAGCCCCCACUGCCACCCCUUGGCUCCUCUUCCUCCACUGAGGCUCACAGCAGAGGCCUGCUCUGAGCCAUCCCACCAGCUGGGAAGUGCUCCCAGCAGAGCUGCCCUGGGCAGCACGCCGCUGUUCUCGCCCCGUUUCAGCUUUGCACUGAAGUUACUAUACGAUGCUUACAGCCACUCUCUAGCACACCGCUCUGUAUGUACUCCACACUCACUGCUUUUGUUUCACAGGUCUGUUUACUGACAUUUUAAUACUGAUGUUUAUUUUUAAAUAAAAUUUAAAGUUAUUUUGAGAUAUUACAGAGACCAUCA